AUGAGUCAGCAAACGAAGAAAAGGGCAAAGGCAAGUGGCCGGAAAGGCCUGGGCAGAAGAGCCCUCAACAGAGUUAAACCAAAGCAAGGCAAGGCCAGGGGAGCCCAGCAGGCCCAAAAGCCACCUCUCAACACAAUGUGCACUCCACCUGAUGAAGGUAUGCACUAUGAGAUUAACCAUCAAAUUGUUGAUGACGGUGAUUUCCCUGACUGUUACAUAGAGUGCAUAAUAAGAGGUGAGUUUUCUGAGCCCAUCCUGGAUGAGGAUUUACUUUUUAAGUCCUUUGAAAACCUAAAGGAAGGAUCAGAACAAAGUCUCUCUCAGCAGGUUCUUGAAGCAAGCUCCUUUCUUGAAUGUUCUUUGUCAUACAUGAAAACGGGGGCACAACAAGAGCUUGCUAAAGAGAAUUCACCCCAUGGGUAUUCUGAGCACCUGACAGACAAGAAGCUGCCUUCUGGGGAAAUACCUGGCACUGACUUAGCAGAUCCUAAUAAAGACUGUGACGAUCUAGCUCCAGAGGCAUUAGCUUGUCCUCAGAAUGGAUGCACAAGAAAGUUGAGGGAUAGAGCUGCCCUGAGAAAGCAUCUCCUCGUUCAUGGCCCCCGCCAGCAUGUGUGUGCAGAGUGUGGGAGGGCAUUUGUAGAGAGUGCAAAACUAAAGAGGCAUUUUGUAGUGCAUACUGGAGAGAAGCCAUUUCAGUGCACUUUUGAAGGGUGUGGAAAACGCUUUUCCCUGGACUUCAACUUGCGCACUCAUGUACGCAUCCAUACUGGGGAAAAACGUUUUGUGUGUCCCUUUGAAGGAUGCAAGUGGAGGUUUGUUCAGUCAAAUAACCUGAAAGCUCACAUCUUAACUCAUGCAAAGGCAAAGAAAGAAUCACUGGAAAAAAAUCAAAAGUAA